AUGUCGGUCACUGUUCCCUUCGACCCGCCCAUCCCAGCUAUUCCGCCGGACGCGGUGAUCAAGACCAACGAUGUAUCCUCCACUACAGUUUGGAAGGACCGCAACCCGAUAAUUGAAAAGCAGGACGAGCCAUUCAGACAUCCGCUAUUUCCAGCUUUGCCCUCAUACGGUGCACCCACCGCGCUCAGCAGGCUGCGUGACUACACGCUCGUCGCCAUUUCUUUUGUUCUGUCGCUCUCGUUCCUAACAGUGAUUUUCGUUGGAGCCUUGGUCACAACCUUUAUUACCGCACUUUCCGAUAUUUGGCAUCGGAUGCAUAACCAUCACCCGGAUACAGAAAGGGCAUUCUAUGCAGAGGAACAAGCCCGAAGAUCAGCAAGAGCCGAGGCAGAUCGCAGAUGGCAUCUAAGCCAGCAAAAGAGUGAUAGAGAUGAGGAACUGGGCUCUGAUGAGUGUCCUCCGCUGGAAGGCGGGAAGGACCCCAUCGUUUGCGACGUCGCGUACUAUGCGCGACGAGUCGGUUUGGAUGUUGAGACCUUUCGAGUUCAGACAGAGGAUGGCUUCAUAAUUACCCUGUGGCAUGUGUACAAUCCACAGGAAUACACGGCCCUGUCGGAGGAAGACAGGCGUGAGCGUGGAUCGGCCGUUUUUACACAACCCAGAGACGAAUCAUCCAGUCCCCAGUCCAAUCGUCGAUACCCCGUUCUUAUGAUUCAUGGGCUGCUCCAGUGCGCCGGCGCAUACUGCACCAAUGACGAAGACAGUCUAGCGUUUUAUCUCUGCAAGUCAGGGUAUGAUGUCUGGCUGGGCAACAACCGCUGUGGGCUUGAACCAGAACACACCUCUCUAUCCCCCUCCGAUCCUCGCAUGUGGUCUUGGGAUAUCCGACAUCUCGGCACUCUUGAUCUUACCGCACUCACGUCACGCGUUCUAUACGAAACUGGAUUCGAGAAACUUGGACUUGUGUGCCAUUCACAAGGCACCACUGAAACAUUCGUGGCGCUAGCCAAGGAGCAUCGCCCGGAACUUGGUGACCGCAUCUCAGUAUUUUGCGCGCUUGCACCAGCAGCCUAUGCUGGUCCAUUGGUUAGCAAACCAUAUUUCUGUUUUAUGCGGAUCCUUUCCCCAGGAAUGUUCCGUGUCUUCUUUGGCAUUCACUCUUUCAUCCCGUUCAUGAUGACGGCGCGCCGCCUUCUUCCCCCAAAGGCCUAUGGGGCUAUCGCAUACUGGGUAUUUUCAUUUCUCUUCGGCUGGUCCGACGCGCGUUGGGAACGUGAUCUGCGCAACCGCAUGUUCCAAUUUGCUCCCGUAUACGUGAGCGCUGAGUCCAUGCGCUGGUGGCUAGGAAGUGAAUGCUUCGCGAAGCAUAAGUGCAUUCUCUCCACACGCGAGGAAAGUCUCAGCGAGACGAUGGAAGACCGGCAGCAUCAACUCGCUGGAGAAACGGCCCGCGAGCAUGGCGAUGAUCCCCAGGAUGCAUGUCUUGCUCGCCGAGGAGAUACUGCUUGGUUUGGCCCACAGACUCCACCGUUUGCACUGUGGGUUGGCGGCUCGGAUGCUUUGGUUGAUGGUCAUCGACUCUUGCGUCGUUUUUCAAGCGGAAGAGAACCCCAUGUGCGUGUUGUCCACUCCAAGGUCAUUGCUGAGUAUGAGCAUCUCGAUGUCCUUUGGGCUAUGGAUGCGAUUGAGCAGGUUGGGAAGGAGGUCAGGCAGAUUAUUUGGACGACCAUGUCUGAGGAUGCGCGAAAGGUUUGCCGUGCUCCUCGCGGUGUCAAUAUACACCUGCUUGAUACAUGA